AUGUUGGCAUCUCAAGAUGCCAACCUACAUGAUAAUGGAGUGGAUGUGUCCUCCCAACACAAUAUCGUGUCCCGCCAGUCGGUUCACAAUACAUACCUGCAUCUAAAAGACCGAUAUGCAAAAAUUUUUCGUGAUGUUUGGAUUGAGAAAAUUGAGCCCGUGAAGCAUAUCUAUGAACACUUGGCUAUCGCUGCAUUUUUGAUUGAGUUGUGGCGCAACAUGUACGGAGCAGUACCAGCAGCCGAGUCCACCAAAGAAAAGCAGAUUGACACCCAGUUCCCCGGUUUCAUUGAUAUCGCAUGUGGGAACGGUGUGGUUGUAUACGUGCUUCUCAUGGAAGGUUAUUCAGGUUGUGGAUAUGAUGCUCGUCGUCGCCAAACAUGGUCUAUUUUCCCAGUAUCGGUGCAGGAACGACUGAUGGAGAAGAUAUACAUUCCGAAACCAUUCGCAGACAGUAUUGUCACCGAUCAUAUGGGCGUGGACAUUCAUACAGGAGAUUUUCCACCUGGCACAUUCAUCAUCUCGAAUCAUGCCGAUGAACUUACUCUUUGGACUCCACUGAUGAGUGCCCUUGCUUGCCCUGCCUCCCCACUCCCAUUCUUUGCUAUACCAUGCUGCUCGCAUUCGCUCUCAGGGUCCAGCUAUCGCUUCCCUCCACCAAAUAAAGUGCCUUUCGAAAGACCAGGAAGCAAAUCACGAAUGCAAGAUGAUGUCAUCGAACAAAAUCCACAGCCCGCAUCAGGAGAUCUAAGGGCACUCAGAGCAGCAAAAGCGAAAGAGAAAACCGCAGACGGCAUGCUUAGCUCAAUGUACGGCUCGCUUACAGCAAAGACCAUGCACAUCGCACAGGAGAUUGGGUACGAAGUCGAAUCAACCCAGCUCCAAAUCCCCAGUACCCGCAAUAUGGCAAUAGUGGGGGGUCGGCAAAUAGUGGCACGGCAGCGGGAAGUAUCUCGAGACGAGAAUUCGACCCCCGCAUCGGUGGGCCCUCAACCUGACAAAAGUGCAGAGCUAGUGCAAAGGAUCAACGAAAUCGUGAAGCGUGAAUGCUAUAAAGAUGGAGGGAUUCAGCAUGCCGCACGGACCUGGAUCGAACGCGCUCGGAGCCUGCACGAGGGAAUGGGAUUGGGAAACCAUACUCCGAUGCCAUGA